CUUCGACCAACCAGCCAGAGCUAAGUCAAAAAUCUCCUUUAGGUUUCGCGAGAUUUAGACGGGCGGGUUGACUUGUGGCAACAUUUAACUGCCGUACAAACCGAACGGUACUGUCAUGAAAUCUGCUUGAAGUAACCUUUGACUUCUCAAGGCAUGUCCAAGAAAAGGGGCAGAAAGCGGAGCAGCGGGGAACUGAGUGAUGGUGUAACCCCGGACCCGAACUGCAUCCUGGGAUUACGCAUUCAGCAUUACUGGCGAGAGAAAGGGAACCAAAGCAAAUGGAAGGGAACGGUGCUGGACAGACUCAGCGUGAAUCCCUCCCUCUUCAUGGUGAAGUAUGACGGCUUUGACUGCGUCUAUGGCAUUGAGCUGUUCAAGGAUGAGAGAGUGUCCAACCUGCAAGUCCUGUCGGAGAAUAUUGUAAACAACAAAGUGAAGAUCCCAGCAGGGGUGGAGGAACUUGUCGGCAAAGCAGUUGAGCAUUUGUUUGAAAAGGAAGAUGGAGAGAAGAAUGAGUGGAGAGGGAUGGUCCUAUCCCGAGCUCCAGUCAUGACAAACUGGUAUUAUAUUACUUAUGAAAAGGACCCAGUUCUAUAUAUGUACCAGCUGUGGGAUGACUACGCAGAUGGAGACCUCAGGAUUCUGCCUGAAGCAGAAAACAAGCACCUGUUGCCCGCCGACAGAAAGCCGGGAGAAGAGACCGAGAGUCUGGUGGGGAAACAAGUGGAGUAUGUUACCGAUAAGGGCGUGAAGAGAACUGGCCUGGUCAUCUACCAGGUCCCAGCUAAGCCCUCAGUGUACUAUAUCAAAUAUGAUGAUGACUUUCAUAUUCAUGUCUAUGAUCUGGUCAAAACCCCCUAAACACAGCGGACACUUAAAUCUCUGUCUUAAGGCCCUUCUCCAUCGGUUUGUGUUCUGUUCAUUGUUAAAUUAUUUUUCAAAGCCAUGCUAGGUUAAGUAGUUGACAUGCUUUAUUUGUUCAAAAAGUGGUGCAAUAUUCGUAGCAGAACAGUAGCACUGCUAUGCUUUGUAUUCUUUUAAAGGUUGGGCAAUCUUUUGUAUAGAUUUCAGUUUAAGAUUUGUCCUGUUAUUACAUUUACUUUGUUGCCAUUGAUAAGUGGCUCUGACUUUGAAAGUUGAACAGGGUGUCUUAUUGUUUCACUUUUCCCCAGAGGUCGAUCUUAAAUUUGUCACACAAAAAGUGUCUGAAAUCCAAGCUUUCAUUUCCUGCUGAUACUCAAAGGCAUCAGCGGAUAGAAACCUUGCAGUCACCUUUAUCUGACCCCUAUAUUGCUAAAUGCCAAUGCUCUCUCGCACCUUUGCACUCUUAAUCUAGUAUUGCAGCAUUUAUGGUUGUGCUGUAUUAAUCGGCUGCAUAUUACUUUAUGUGUCAAGCCUGGCUUUUCUUGUUAAACUUGUGCUACAAAGUUUUAAAUGUGCUUUUAAAAAUCGUUUAUAUUGCACUUUUGCGGUUGCAAGGAAAAUGCUAAAAUCUUCAAAUUAAACGCACAGUAAUGCAUAAAGUGCCUUCUGCUAGUCACAAUUUGGCAAUAUUGUACCUACCAUUCCUCUUAAAGUGCUACAUGAAACCACUUCAUUAUGUUACAGAACAGUUUAAGAGGAGUAAUCCAUCAGUUUGCAAAGAUGAAUCUUAGCUAUUUGUUAUAAAGUUUCUAUUCAAAUGUAACCUGCUUUAUUGUUGCCAUUGUGAUCUCUAUGUUGAUGUGUGCAGCACUUUAUUGUAUAGUUUACGAGGUUUAAGUAUGGUAUAACUUCCAUUAAAGGUUCUACAGAAACAUUACGCAUGAAGGAAAGAGGAAAAAGAUAAUGCUGCAGAAUUUUCAGAUGACAGUAUUUAAUCAGUAAAAUUUAUGUAUAAUUGUCUAGAAUAUAUAUAUAUAUAUUGGUUUAGAUGCUUGGCUCACUUUCUGGCUUUGGUUGAAAGAUUAUGAGCAAAAAAAUAAAUCUGCAUCUGACUUCAGUUUUUAAAGGGCCUUAUAGUCUUAAAAGACAUGCUUGCUAAAAAGUUUUUUUUUUUCCAAUCUUAAAAUUCUCAUUACUAAGCCUUAUGUAUCCUUGAGCUAACUUUUCUUUCGGUUCAAAACUCUGGUUGCAUCCGCUGAAUGGUCCCUGGAUGUUUGAAAUUUUUAAAGUUGGGACUGACCAUAUCUGCUAGGAUCAGUUCUGUUGCAUUUAAUUCAAAUACAUAACACUAUGCAUUACUGUUGGCUGUGCUUAAGUGUUUGUUGUGCAAACCAAACUCAUGAGUAACUCUGCUUUAAUUUUUCCCUGGUUCU